AUGAACGUCUCCACCACUGCAAAUACUAAUGUCGUAGCGCCAUGGGGUUAUGAUCUGUUACCUUCUCAGAAAGACGUACGAGCGCAAUGGAAAUUCCAACUCUUUGGUUCGAUAGUUGUGGGUGGAUAUUAUUGGGAUACCAUUGUAUCUUUCCCGAGAGACUUUCAAUUCAUUUUCCAGCGAAGGUUCAAUUAUGCGACAGUUCUUUUCAUCGUUAAUAGGGUCGCCUGCAUUAUCACACUAACAAACAUUUGGCUUUUUGCAGUCUAUACUGGCAACCUGUGUUUGGUCGUGUAUAAAAUUGCAGGUAUUUUAGAACCAGUUACGAUAUUCACAUCACAAGCCUUGUUGUUAAUCAGGGUCCGGGUUCUCUACCGAGAUAAUUGGUAUCUCUUGACAUUCAUGAUUCUUUUCUUAUUCGCUGGUCCGGUAUUGGCUCUAGUGGAGGCCUUUAGAACAACCGCAUUCAAUCUUCCGGGAAACGUUGGUUGUAUGUUCGGACUAUCUUCACCUUAUAUAUUCCUGGUCUUUCUAUUGCAAGCCUCGUUCGACUGUUUGUGUUUCAUACUUUGCAUGUACAAGCUAUUUAGAGUUGGACAGGGAGGCGGAUUCAUGAGCAUUGGAAAGGAAAUGGUCAAUGGUGGUCUGGUCUACUAUAUCCCCAAUGUCGUUAUUCAGAUCGCAACAAUCAUUUUGACCUCACAAAAGGGCAUCGAAGACCAGUUCAUUUUACCACCAGCGGCAGAUGGGAUUGCUUCAGCUCAAGCUCUCAGAAUUACACGCAACCUCUGGAGGAGCGGGCAGAUCCAGAAAUACCAGAUAGAAGACCCAAUGAGCUUAACUGCCAUAGGUUACAGGGAAGGAUCUUUCCCUGAUGAAGAUCGCAAAGCAGAAGAUCAUCGGGUAUCGCCGUCAGAAGGUAAUGAUUUCCGCAACGUGAAGAUGACGCCAUUGGCAUCACGCUAA